AUGGAGCCGAAUAAGUUUUAUGGAAAACGUAAGAAAGGUGAAGAAUAUGAAGUUAGAACUAUUCCUGGGUAUGAAUCAGAAGAUUCUGUCUUAGAUUCAGAUAGUGAGGAUGAUAUUGAGAUAGUAGAAAAGCGUCAAGGUGACAUAAUUAUAGGCGAGAGUGAUAAUGAUAGUGCAGAGGAUGGUGAUAAUGCUGUACUUGUGAAUAAUGAAAGAGUUCGGUUAGAAGUUGAACUAGAAAAGAUGGGUAUUCAGUCUUUAGGAACUGUGAGACCUAAUCGGCUCAAAGGCUGUAUGUUCACUUCUGACAAAGUCAUGAAAAAGAAGGGUCGAGGGAGUUAUGAGGAACAAUUAUCUAAAAUUGAUGGCAUUACUUUGAGUGCAGUAAAAUGGUAUGAUAACAAGCCUGAUCAUUUGCUCAGUACUUUUGCUGGUGCUCAUCCAACAUCAACAGUGGAGAGAUGGGACCGUACAAAGAAAGAAAAAAUAAAUGUUGUAUGCCCCAGUAUAGUUCACUAUUACAAUCAGUGCAUGGGUGGUGUUGAUCUGUUGGACUCACUGGUAGCAUUGUAUCGCAUCAAGAUCCGGUCGAAGAAAUGGUAUUUGAGAAUUGUAUUUCACUUGCUUGAUCUGACUGUAGUCAAUGCUUGGCUACUAUACAGAAGAGAUUGCAUAGAGUGUAACGUGAUAAAACUAGAUCAGCUCAGUCUAUUGGACUUCAAAGCUACUGUUGCUGCUUGUCUUUGCAAACAGAAUAAGGAUGGACAGAAAAAUAGGGGAAGAUCUAGUAGCUCGUCAAUAGAAACGGCAAUUCAGUUGAAGAAAAAGACUGGGUCAGCAGCACCACUGCCUGAAAAAGAAGUGAGGAAGGAUGGAAUUGGCCACUGGCCUCAAUUUUCAGAAAAAGGAGGUCGUUGCAAAAAACCAGAAUCUAAUGGUGCACCAAAAGUGUUUUGA